AUGAUUCGGCCAUGGUUCGGAGUUGGUUUUUUUAGUAGGGGACUUGACCUUUUGAUAAUUAAAGGGGACAUCGACCAAGACAAAUGCACCGAUUGUUUGACCCAGCAGUUUUUUUCUUGGUAUCAAGCCCUUAAUUAUACCAUCCUUGGUACUCACUCAAUUCAAAUAUAUGGUACUUUCAACAAUGCUGAUGUGAAGUUGGGAAAUAAAGGGCAAGAUGUUGCAAGCAUACAGUACGAAUACGUACUGGACAAAAAUACACAAGUACUUUUAUCCUCGCUGUGUAACACCUUGUUUCUUGAUACUUGA